AUGGGAGACAGCGAAGCCAUGGUUGCCGAGGGCUAUACCACUGCUGAAUAUGCAGAUUAUAAUGCUUCUGUUGCUACUGUGGAAUCGACUGGGCAAGAAAACGCAGUUUCUGUAGACCAGAGCAAUACUGCUUCUUUGGUCAAUGGGACUGGCCCUGAGAGUGGUGUUACUCCGCCAGUUGAGAAUGGAAAUGCAGCAGAUAGCGCUGCUGUUGAGGCUCCAGCCGCGGAAGACAAUCCUGACUCAACUCUUUCACCUGAGGAGGAGCGCCUAUGGACUAUUGUAAGGGCUAAUUCCCUAGAGUUCAAUGCUUGGACUGCCCUGAUUGAAGAGACUGAGAGGAUUGCUCAGGACAAUAUAGCAAAAAUCCGAAAGGUGUAUGAUGCGUUCCUUGCUGAGUUCCCGUUGUGUUAUGGCUAUUGGAAAAAGUAUGCUGAUCAUGAGGCUCGGGUGGGAGCAAUGGACAAGGUCGUGGAGGUUUAUGAAAGAGCAGUUCAGGGAGUGACAUAUUCAGUUGACAUCUGGCUGCAUUAUUGUGUUUUUGCCAUCAAUACGUAUGGAGAUCCAGACACGAUUAGAAGGCUUUUUGAACGAGCUUUGGUUUACGUUGGAACUGAUUUUUUGUCCUCUCCACUGUGGGACAAAUACAUCGAGUAUGAGUGCAUGCAGCAGGACUGGAGCCGACUUGCCAUGAUUUACACCAGAAUAUUGGAGAAUCCAAUUCAAAAUCUCGAUAGAUAUUUUAGCAGUUUCAAGGGUCUAGCUGAAACUCGGCCUCUGUCGGAACUAAGGAGUGCUGAGGAAUCUGCGGCAGCUGCUACUGCUGGUGAUGCUUCUGAAACUGCACCAGCUGAGUCUGAUGGAAAGGCAGAUGAAGGAAAAUCUCUAGCUGAUGGUUCCACCGAACAAUCCCCUAAAUUGGAAACUGCUAGUUCAACUGAUCCUGAGGAGUUGAUGAAAUACAUUGGCAACCGAGAAGCCAUGUAUAUCAAAGCCAAAGAGUUUGAAGCAAAAAUCAUUGGUUUCGAAAUGGCUAUAAGGAGGCCUUAUUUCCAUGUGCGGCCUCUCAAUGUUUCUGAGCUGGAGAAUUGGCACAGCUAUCUGGAUUUCAUAGAGAGGGAUGGAGACUUUAAUAAGGUGGUCAAGCUCUAUGAAAGAUGUGUUGUUGCGUGUGCCAAUUACCCGGAGUACUGGAUACGAUAUGUAUUACACAUGAAAGGAAGUGGAAGUAUAGACCUUGCCGACAAUGCCCUUGCUCGAGCAACCGAAGUUUUUGUCAAGAGACAACCAGAGAUUCACCUCUUUGCUGCUCGGUUAAAAGAGCAGAAUGGGGAUAUAGCUGGUGCUAGAGCUGCAUUCCAGUUUGUGCACUCCGAAGUUUCUCCCGUACUCCUUGAAGCAGUAAUCAAACAUGCAAACAUGGAACGGCGACUAGGAAAUAUGGAUGAUGCUUUCUCUGUGUAUGAGCAAGUGAUUGCUGUUGAAAAGGGCAAAGAAAACUCCACACUACUGCCGCUGCUGUAUGCUCAGUAUUCAAGGUUUUCAUACUUAGUUUUCCGGGAUGCUGAGAAAGCUAGGAAGAUUAUAGUUGAAGCACUUGACCACGUACAACCGUCAAAACUUCUUCUGGAGGCACUGAUUCAUUUUGAAUCGAUUCAACCACCACCACGACAGAUUGAUUACCUUGAGCCACUUGUUGAAAAAGUUAUAAAGCCAAAUGCAGAUACCCAGAACAGUGCAAGUUCCACUGAGAGGGAAGAGCUAUCAUUAAUAUACAUAGAGUUCCUGGGACUUCUUGGAGAUGUGAAGUCCAUUGAGAAAGCGGAAGAUCAACAUGCUAAACUCUUUUUACCUCACCGGAGCACGUCAGAGCUGAAAAAGCGUAGCGCAGAUGAUUUCCUCUCUUCAGAUAGGACGAAAAUAGCAAAAACGUACAAUGGCACUCCUCCUGCUCAGCCAGUGACCAAUGCCUACCCAAAUGCACAGGCUCAAUGGCCCGGUGGCUACGCUGCACAGCCUCAGACUUGGCCACAAGCACAAGCCGCUCCUGCACAGCCGCAGCAAUGGAACCCUGCCUAUGGCCAACAGGCUGCGUAUGGAGCAUAUGGUGGAUAUCCUGCUGGCUAUACCGCUCCCCAAGCACCAUCACCAGUGCCACAGGCCGCUGCUUAUGGCGCAUAUCCUGCUCAGACAUACCCAGCACAGAGCUAUGCAGCUCCAGUUGCAGCUGUAGCACCAGUGGCUGCGCCGGUUGCUGCUGCACCAGCUGCUGCACCUCAAGCUUACUACAACACUUACUACUGA